AUGGGCAAGAAGGAAAAGACCUCGAAAGAUGAUAGCAGUAGUAGUAUGAUGAUGAAUGAAUGGGUGAGGAUGAAGGUGAAGGUGAGGGGGAAGGGCAAGGGAGAGAAUUUACCCCUUUGUGGGUGCGAAGAAACAAAACUGAAGCGGUCAAAUUCCUCGCCAACUGGAGGUUCGUCUCCAAAAUUGGCGAACAGAACAGUAACAAACUUAAGCCAAUCUACAGAACCUGAUCAAAGCUCUAAUAAUAAUACUUCACCUAUACGGCCAGUAGUGCCAUCUAUACGACCUGUUGUGACAACUAAUGGUGUAGAACGCGAUCCAGUACGAACUUUAUUUGUAUCAGGCUUGCCGAUGGAUACUAAACAGCGUGAACUACAUUUACUCUUUGUUAGUUGCCGAGGUUACGAAAAUUCACUACUACGUGUCAGUAAUUCAAAAGAUGGAGGAACCGUUUCACCAGUUGGCUUCGUGACGUUUUCUACUUCAGAGAAUGCUGACCAGGCUAUGCAGAAUUUACAGAGCGUUGUUUUUGAUCCAGCGACGGGUCAUAGAGUACGCGUAGAGAAGGCCAAAAGUAAUACUAAAGCGCCGAGAUCAAGGCAGUUUUCACCACCAUCAGCUGCGGUGCUUCCAUCGCCAGCGGUUGUUAAUUCGACUCCGUUUCCUCCCAGUCUUUUGCAGGCUGCUGCUGCGGCUGCUGCAAUUGGAGGAUCAGCAGCUCCGCAGUUACCACCGCCAUCAGCUGCCGUAGCUGCGAUUGCACCGCAAACGUUUUUUCAACAACCACCGUCAUUACCUACUUCUGCAGCAGCAGCUGCAGUUGCAGCUGCAGCUGCUGCAGCUCAUCGACAUGAUCUCUUGAAUGUAACGUGUUUUGCGGAGACACCUUCUCUUUCUCAGUUUUUCACUGACAAUUCUUUCUUGUUUAAUUCACUACCACAGUUUGCAGCUGUCUCACAGCCAUCUUUACUAUUGUCUCCUGCUGCAGCUGCAAUUGCAGCCGGUUUACCUGCUGUAGGUACCAAUAAUGUAAAUCGUUGUGACAUUUCACCGGCCUCAUUUUUACCAUCAAAUGCUGCAGCAAUGGCUCACUUAACCGCAGUUGCAUCUCACCAGCAGCAGCAACCACAGCAGCACGUGAGUAGCUCACAGCUGAACGUAAAUGCCAUGGGUGUAGUGGUUUCAAGUGCCUUUCCAACAACUUCACUAGCGUGCUCCACUUUAUUUGUUGCCAACUUAGGAGACAACGUGAAUGAGGAAGAAAUUAAAGCUGCCUUUAAAGUUCAUCCAGGGUUUACUCGAUUACGGUUACUAACCAGAAAUGAUGUGACUGUCGCAUUCGUGGAGUUUCGUGACGUGCGGCAGGCUACUGCAGCUAUGAAUGCAAUGCAAGGUUUUCGUAUCUCGUCUUCCGGUCGAAGUGGCAUUCGAAUUGAGUAUGCGCGAAAUCGAAUGGGAGAGGCUGGUAAUCAGUGGUAG